AUGAAACUUGAUUCUCGCCCCAUUUAUGUAUCUUUUCUCUCUCCCUUGCUCUCCCUACCAUUUCUCUCUCUCCCUCCUCUCCCUCUCCCCCCUCUCUCUCUCUCUCUCUCUCUCUCUUAUUCUUCUUUUCCUUCGAUCGCAGGCAAGAUUUCUCUCUCUUCAUAUUUGUGUUUAUCCUGUUCUUUCAAUGACUUUAACAUCGCGUUUUUCUUUAUUAUUCCUUUUCCUUGCUAUAUCUUCCACUUAUGCCUUUUCCUUAUUAUACUUUUUACUUAUUAUGCAUUUUCUUUAUUAGGCCUUUUCCUUUAUUAUGCCUUUUUUCUUAUUAUACCUUUCCCUUAUGAUGCCUUUUCCUUAUUAUGCCUUUUCCUUUAUUAUAACUUUUCUUUAUUAUACCUUUGCCUUAUGAUGUCUUUUCCUUAUUAUGCCUUUUCCUUUAUUAUGCCUUUUCCUUUAUUAUACCCUUUCUUUCUGAUACCUUUCCAUUAUGAUGUCUUUUCCUUAUUAUGCCUUUCCAUUAUUAUGCCUUUUCCUUAUUAUGCUUUUUCCUUUAUUAUGCCUUUUCCUUAUUUAUGCCUUUUCCUUAUUUAUACCUUUCCACAUUAUGCCUUUUCCUUCCAUUUUCCUAGAUCUAGGUCUGAUUCAUCUCAUUUGAAUAAUCAUGGUAUCUUCCGUUACUCUCAUCCCCAGAUUGUUCACUACGACUGCAUACACUCAUUCUCUCCCCCCUCUCCUGUUCUUCACUUUCAUAUCUCUGCUGGUCUUCCUGAUCACUCUCAAUACUGGAUUCAUUUAAUUUUCUUGCGUUAUCUGUUCUUCUGCUUCCUCCACUUUUUCCCUAACUUCAUGCUCUCUUGUGUCGAUUGUGAAUAUACCAUCUCUUUCAUUGCCCUAAAAAAAGCAAUGAAUCGACCAAUCAAUACCGUCACAUCUAUCUGCCUCCCAACCCCUCUCUCUCUCUCUCUCUCUCUCUCUCUCUCUCUCUCUCUCUCUCUCUCUCUCUCUCUCUGGCGGUACUUUUAUUUACAUUUUUUUCGACUCAUUAAUUCAAAUAGGUCGCCUCAUUUCGCAUACGAUUUUCGCUGGUGCAAUCGACAAGAUUAA